AUGGAAUCCGAGGUCUACCUGGCGGUUUAUGAUCUGUCGCGCGGCAGAGCCAAAUCGUUGUCAUCUCUUCUGAUGCUCAAGGAGCCCAUUAACGGACUGUGGCACACAGGCAUCCGGGUUCAUCAAUGGGAAUAUACGUAUGGACGAUGCGUACUUAAAAUGCGGUUCGGCGAAGCGGAAGAGGCCGUGGGAGCAGCACCAGUAUCGGUCCGGAAGUUGGGAACAACCACGAGGGAUAUGCAAGAAAUUGACGAGUUCAUGUGUUCGAUUUACGACAAGUAUACAGAGGAGAACUACGACAUAAUCCGACAUAACUGUAACCACUUUACUCAGGAAGCUUUGGAUUUCAUUAUACCGGGUAAGCAGAUACCGAGUUACAUCCGGGACUUGCCUAGCCAGGUGUCCGACACGGCUGUGGGGCGGGCAUUGAUAGCGAUUUAUCGAACGUUUGCGGAGCCGCGGAUUUUGGCGAACAGGACCAAGUCGUCGGAGCAGGCGGCGAUAGGUCACGUAAUCAGUGACGUAGGGAGUGAGGCAGCCGUUCACAACGGGCGGCGAGAUAGCUGUUCAAGGACGGCCUCUGGCGCAAGACACACCCGGACGGAGUCGCAAGCGCAGAGUAAGUCGCGCGCCGGGAGCAAAAAACUGAGCAAACGACGAGCCGAAUCACCCGCCCGUGAUACCUUGCGAACCGCCGACCAGCACCGGCUUACUAUCGACAGCCGCACCCCCGACCGGCUCACGCAGGGCUCCAUGGAGCGUGGCGACCCAACCCGCCCCCGGACCGACGGCAGAGGCGAACACGGAAAAACGGAACUCGGAAGGGGCCGCAUGGACACCCAGGAGACUGGCUCUCGCAGCAUGACUCGGUCCGUCGGUCCUCGCUCCACCGGUCCUCGCUCCACAGGCCCUCGCUCCACCGGUCCUCGCUCCACCGGGCCGCGGUCAACGGAACUCCGGUCGACAGAGGCUCGGUCGACAGAACUGCGAGCCGCCGAGACACGGUCUGCGAGCCUGCAGCGGCCGGGUGGCGACGGACUGGCGCGAGGGCCGGGUGUUGUGUGCGGCCUACGUCGCGAGGCGACACCUGCAUCGUUCCAGACUUCGGGCGAGGCCGGUUUCUCCACCGACAGGCUAUGGCACCCGAACAGCAUGAACCGUCGCAGCUUGAAAGUGCUCAAGGAUCGGCUGGGAGAUCCCGUCAACCCCUUCAUGAGAGCCGGAAUUGCCCGCACAUCACUGCUCUCUAGCCCCUGGCCCGAAGAGGACAUGCCCCGGCGACAUCCUGGUCGCGACGACACCGACAACGCCGCCAGGCCCGCACGGAUCCAGACCUCCCCGCGGGCUGCAGUACAACGGAGCGCAACUCAACGGGAGCACGCAACUCAACGGGAGCACGCAACUCAACGGGAGCGCGAAAUUCGACGAUCAGAAGAACGGUUCGAAUCUCGGGAUGGGCCAGCCGGCGUUUGCUACACACCGCGUAAUGGCCUCGACCGGAGCGCUGCCGCCGUCGACGCCCGCCACCACCCGGUCGCCCUCCGCUAG